CCCGCCCCCACCAGCCUGGGCGUCGCAUCUCGGCUCUGCAGCCGAGCAGAGGCCACCGAAGGAGGCCACCAUGAGUUGCCUGGGACAAAGAACAUGUCCAGGUUCCUUUGGCCAGCGCUGCAGUCAAGGGCGACACAGGCAACGGGUAAGCCAGGACUGUCUGUCUUAGAGAGGCCCUCAAUCAGCCCCUCCUCACUCACCUGGCAGUUGUCCCAGCCUGGCCCCUCUCCUCACGUCUAGCCCCAGACUGGAGCUCCCUCCUCUAAGCAGCUGGAUGUGGAGGAGAGGCCAGAGCGCUGCAGCCAGCUGAAGAGGUCGCAAGCGAGGCACCCACGGAGGGGGUAAAGCAGGGAGCCAGGAGGAGCGAGUGUGUCAGCCUGACUCCCCUCCUCCAACCCCCCCCAACUAGUUUAAGGGUUCCCUGGUGGGCGGAGAGGGAUGGGGUGGGGCCUCUGGCAGGGGGCGGGGCAAGGCUGGGGACCCGGACCGUUCGGGUGGGGCUGCGCGCGCUGGCCCGGCAAAGACGCGUGGAGUCGCAGCGCCCUCGCUCUGCUCGCCGGCUCGGCCACCCCCGGCCCUUUGGCACCUGGCGCGCCGCUGUCCCGACUCCAGAUGGGGAAGGACCAGGGCUUCUCUCGGCACUUUAGGAUCUUCAUCCCCAAGAAGCACCGGGCGCGCUUCGACGAGGUCGUGUCACAGGGCCUCCUGGGCAAGCUGUGCCGCGCCCGCCGAACCCAGGGCGCGCAGAGGCUGCGCAGGAGCCGCAGCGAGGAGCGGCCCGAGCGCCUCCUGGUGUCCACGCGCGCUAGCGCCGCGCCGCGCCGCCCGGACGAGCCGCCCCCGCGCAAAGCUGCCUCGCUGCUGGGUGGCCGCGCCGGCCCGGGGGGCGCGCGCAGGACUGUCCGAGUCUACAAGGGCAAUAAGAGCUUUGGCUUCACUCUACGUGGCCACGGGCCUGUCUGGAUUGAGUCUGUCCUGCCUGGAAGCCCAGCUGACAGCGCAGCCCUCAAGUCUGGUGACCGGAUCCUCUUCCUCAAUGGACUGGACAUGAGGAACUGCUCACACGACAAAGUGGUGUCCAUGCUACAGGGCAGUGGCGCGAUGCCCACACUGGUGGUGGAGGAAGGGCUCGUCCCAUUUGCCAGCGACUCCGAUUCUUUGGAUUCCCCCAACCCAUCCUCGGCGGUCACCUCCCUGCAGUGGGUGGCAGAGAUCCUGCCGUCCAGCAUCCGUGUCCAGGGAAGGACAUUCAGCCAGCAGCUGGAGCACCUGCUCAGGCCUCCCGAGCGCUAUGGUGUCUGCCGGGCUUUGGAGAGCUUCUUCCAGCACAGGAACAUCGACACCCUCAUCAUUGAUGUCUACCCGGUAUUGGACACACCUGCCAAGCAACUGCUUUGGCAGUUCAUCUACCAGCUGCUGACCUAUGAGGAGCAGGAGCUGUGCCAGGAGAAGAUUGCAUGCUUCCUGGGAUACACAGCCAUGACAGCAGAGCCUGAGCUUGAGCCUGAGCUGGAUCUAGAGCCUGAGUCUGAGCUGGAACCCGAGCCCACACCAGAGCCCCAGCCUCGGAUCUCCCUGAGGGCCUCUUCCAUGUGCCGGCGCAGCCUCAGAUCCCAGGGCCUGGAGGCCAGCCUCAGCUGUGGUCUCAGCGACUGCCCUGAGAUGCCUCUUCCUCUGAUCCCAGGCGAGCGCCAGGCAGGUGACGGCACAUCCCUCCCUGAGACCCCCAACCCCAAGAUGAUGUCAGCUGUCUAUGCGGAGCUGGAGUCUCGACUGAACAGCAGCUUCAAGGGGAAGAUGGGGACCGUGUCCAAAUCCCAGGCCUCCCCCGCAGUCCCUAGCCUGGUGGGCACAGCAGCGCCCAGGACCCUGUCCAGCAUCUCAUGGCCCAGAGAGCAGCUCUUCCCCUCCCCCUGCUACGACCCGCUGUGCUCAGGGGGCCUGGGCUCCCCCAGCAGCUCUGAAUCUCACCCCUACGCCAGCCUGGACAGCAGCAGGGCGCCUUCCCCUCAGCCAGGCCCCGCACCUGCCUGCCCUGACAGCCCCCCCAGCCCGGACCUGGCCCGGCCACCCAGCCACAGGAAGCUCUUCACCUUUUCACGCCCUGUGCGGAGCCGGGACACUGAUCGCUUUCUGGAUGUGCUGAGUGAGCAGCUAGGCCCCCCGGUCACCAUCGUGGAUGAUUUCCUGACGCCCGAGAAUGACUAUGAGGAGAUGAGCUUUCAUGAUGACCAGGGCAGCUUUGUCACCAAUGAGCGGAGCAGCGCUAGCGAGUGUAUCAGCAGCAGCGAAGAGGGCAGCUCCCUGACCUACUCCUCCAUCUCAGAUCACAUCCCACCGCCGCCACUCAGCCCUCCCCCCCCACCCCUGCCUUUCCAUGACCCCAAGCCCAGCUCCCGGGCCUCUGACACUCCCCGGGGCCCCCCUCAGGCCCUGGCUAAGCCCCUUACCCAACUCAGCCACCCAGUCCCACCCCCACCCCCACCCCCGCUGCCCCCACCUGUGCCCUGCGCGGCCCCCAUGCUAUCCCGGGGCUGGGGUCACCGGCGCAGUGAGACCAGCCACAUGAGCGUCAAGCGCUUGCGGUGGGAACAGGUGGAGAACUCGGAAGGCACCAUUUGGGGGCAGCUCGGGGAGGACUCUGACUAUGACAAGCUGAGUGACAUGGUGAAGUACCUCGACCUGGAGCUCCACUUCGGCACCCAGAAGCCUGUCAAGCCCGUGCCCGGGCCUGAGCCCUUCAGGAAGAAGGAAGUGGUGGAGAUCCUGUCCCACAAGAAAGCCUACAACACUUCCAUCCUCCUGGCGCACCUGAAGCUGAGCCCCGCAGAGCUGCGGCAGGUGCUUAUGAGUAUGGAGCCCCGGCGCCUGGAGCCCGCGCACCUGGCGCAGCUACUGCUCUUCGCCCCCGACGCCGACGAGGAGCAGCGCUACCAGGCCUUCCGCGAGGCACCGGGCCGCCUCAGUGAGCCCGACCAGUUCGUCCUGCAGAUGCUGUCAGUCCCUGAGUACAAGACGCGUCUUCGAAGCCUCCACUUCCAGGCUACCCUCCAAGAGAAGACAGAGGAGAUUCGAGGCAGCCUGGAGUGCUUGCGACAGGCGUCCCUGGAGCUCAAGAACAGCCGGAAGCUCGCCAAGAUCCUGGAGUUUGUGUUGGCUAUGGGCAACUAUCUCAAUGACAGCCAGCCCAAGACCAGCAAGACCACAGGCUUCAAGAUCAACUUUCUGACAGAGCUGAACUCCACCAAGACGGUGGAUGGAAAGUCCACCUUUCUGCACAUCCUCGCCAAGUCACUGAGCCAGCACUUUCCCGAACUCCUGGGCUUUUCUCAGGACCUACCCACGGUGCCCUUGGCUGCCAAAGUGAACCAACGUGCCCUGACCGGUGACCUGGCUGACCUCCAUGGUACCAUCAGUGAGAUACAGGCUGCCUGCCAGAGCAUGUCCCCUUCCAGUGAGGACAGGUUUGCUGUGGUCAUGGCAUCCUUCCUGGAGACCGCCCAGCCCACACUGCGUGCCUUGGAUGGGCUACAGCGUGAGGCCAUGGAGGAGCUGGGCAAAGCACUGGCUUUCUUCGGGGAGGAUUCCAAGGCCACCACCUCCGAGGCCUUCUUCGGCAUCUUUGUGGAGUUCAUGAGCAAGUUCGAGCGAGCGCUGAGCGACCUGCAGGCCGGGGAGGGCCCGCGCGGCUCCGGAAUGACUUCGCCCCUGGCCUGGUGACGGCGGCCACGCCGCGUCCUCUGCGGCCUGAGCGAAGAGACCCACGCCGGAGAGGGCCGCGGGGACGCCGCAGAGGUCCAGGGUGCUGAUCGGCGGAGCGACGGGUCUGUCCGCGGGCUGGUGGCCGCCCGCGUCUCCAGAUACCUCAGCCGCCAGCGACUCCGCACUCCGGGGUGCGUGUGCAGGCACGAGCUAGGGGUGCCCGCCCCGAGGGUCCCCGGCCCCACCCGGGCUGUUCCCCGAGCUGUGCUCCGCAGGCUUCCGGCGCCAGCUCCCGGCCAACGGAAUAAAGUGCUACUGUGCGCCCCGGGGAUGGCGGGCUGCGGGCGGGUUGCUAAGGGAUUGUAGCAUCCGGGCGGCUAGGACCUGCUUUCUGAGCCUGCUGGCCCCACUAAGCCAGCACCCGGAGGCCCCUUGCCCGGCCAGGAGGAAGGCAGCGGACAGGCAGGAAAGCCUGCAGUCUGGCGCCUUGGGGACUCAUUUUUGUUUUGUUUUGUUUUGUUUGUUUUGUUUGUUUUGAGACAAGGUCCCGCUGUGUAUCUCAGGCUGCCCUCGAAUUUGGCAGUGACGCUUCUGCCUCGGCCUCCAAGUGCUGGGAUUACAAGCAUACACCGUUAGGCCUGGCUUCAAGCCUGGGUCUUGGAAGGUGCUGUUGGCUGCAGCUGAGGAGGAGGCCAGGAGGAGAGCGAUCGGUGAGGGAUCUAGGGAAAGCUGCAGUAGAGAGACCUAUUAUAUCAGACUGCAGGAUGGAAGCACGGUUUUGUUUUGCAGGGCUGGGGAUAGAACUCAGGGCUUUGCAUAUGUCCGGCAAGCACUGUACCAAUGAGCUAGAUCCCAGCACCUCAGAAUUGAGGUUUUGAUCCAGUGGAUAAACUCAAAUUCACUUUACAGGUGAUCAGAUCAGGGGAGGCUUGGAGCAGGGUGGGGGUCCUUAAGGUAGUGGCAGAGAGAGCAAGAUGUUUAGGUGGCAGGUGAGCAGGACUUGGCCACUUGUGUUUCCUUAUCUGAAUGGGUGGGCUUAGGGGAAGAUGACACAGUCUAGGACUUGAGUAGAAUCUCAGAGGCCACUUUACGUGUAUCUGGAGGUAGAGAAAGGAGUUUCCUAGUUGCCAGGAGUGAGUGGAGAAAUGAGCAGGGAGCAUGAGCGACUUGUUUUCAAAGUUGUUUUCUCUUGGAUUUUUUCCCUCCCAUCCCAAUCACAUGGCUAGUGUUGCUUCUGGGAAGAACUUUGGGCCCAUUUGUUUCUUUCCCGUCUCCUACAGUCCUCCUCUUUGAGUCCAUGUAUGUACAUUCUUUGUUCCCCACUCACAAUCCCAUGUAAAAAUGUCUAAAUGAAAAUGUAUACUUCAAGGAGAAA